AUGUUGCCUCUACCCACCAUACUGGACUUGGACAUAGCCAAUGCAUCUAUCAAUCUUCUCGAUCUAGUCGGUCCGUCCAUGACUUACCUCCAUGUUCGACCAUCACGCCAGCAGUGUAGGAUCUUUGGCAUCGUGACUGGAAUCCGCCACAAGGAAGUCCUCCUGACUAUGAUUGAGAAGUUCCCUAGACAACCUGUCAUCUACGAAGGCUUUGAACAUCAAGACCUAGUCGACUUCGUCAAUUCUAGACAUUUGAAGCUUGGCAAACCCGCUCAGAAACAUCAGGACAAAUGUACCUCUAGGCGCGCCGAAACUGCACAGAUCCUCGAUGCAAACAGAGCGGCAUCUCGAAUUCAUCAAUCCAACUCCGGCAGAGAUGCGCCCUUCACCGAGUCCGGUGUCUUGUUGAGACUAUCGCCGAGGCUUGCUGUCCCGGCGAGACCUGCUAUCUCUACUCUCGUCAGCCAAGGCCUGCCUUCUAAGAUCCCCGGAACGAUCGCAAUGCCUGUCCGAGGACUUGCGGCCAGAAGAGCCGUCUACAAGUCUCGUCACGCUACUCAGAGGAUGCUACAAAGGUCGCUCAAGGCUGCUCAAAGGCUUUCAAGAACAUCCCUGAUUCACGAGCUGGAGUGUGCAGAUCAGGACUUCCAGUUCGACUUCCUUGGGCUCCCUGCAGAAGUGCGCGAGAUGGUGCUUCGUCUUGUGUGUAUCAGCUCUAUUACCAUCGUUCAUCCCCAACAGCAGCCUGCCAUCGCCAGGACCUGUCGGCUCUUGAGAAACGAAGCAUUGGCUUUGUACUAUGGCAGCAACAGAUUCACCGUGUUUGUCACUCAACCAAAGCCUGAAGUACAGGCACUAUCUAACCCGAACAGUUGGCUUCAUAACCUUGAGUCAUGUUAUGUUGCUUCCGUGCGCUCUCUCUCCUUUCUAGAUUUCAAUGCCUCCAUUAUCCUCGACGUUGACUUUGAUAUUCGUGGUCAGAGAUUUGGUAUCGUCCGUCGAACAGCUUACUCGAAUCCAAAUCAGCAUCGUACCUACACACCAAUCGACUUCGAACGGCAGGUGCAAGACCUCAUGAAUCGCGUGCGUUAG